AUGACUGUCGUGGCUGCAUUGACAUUUCUGUCCAACGGGACCGUCUUACUGGCCAUGUUGCAUACCUUAAGAAAGCAGAGCGACUUGCCCAGGAUCAACAAUCACCACCACAACAGCCACAUCACAAAGUUGUUGAUACUGUCCAUGACCUUCGCUGGAGUUUUCGUCGGCGCCUUCGUUCUGCCACUAGUGCUAGUGGAAUUAAUUCACAACGGGACUUGGAUGUUGGGAACCUCUGUGUACAAACUCCGUGUCCUGGUGGAUUACCUCCUGUGUAACAUCACAUCACUGCACAUCACCUUCAUGGCUGUAGACACCUAUCUAGUUGUGUGUAGACCUUUAGUUUAUCGACUGUUAACUCCCAGAGUCGGAUACAUCAUGAUCGCAGUAGGUUGGAUUCUACCCACUCUCAUCAUUCUACUGUGGUGGCUCCUGCGCCCAAACAGCCUGAAUCCCUGCAUUUAUUUUUCCGACUUCUGCAGCAAAUCAGACAAUUUAAAACUACUAAACAUCAUUUGUGGAUCAUUGUUUCUCAUUCUGUUUAUAACUGUUUGGCUAUUGUACUUGUUCGUAUUAAGACAAGUCUGGAGGUUCAGAAAACGAGCAGCUUGUGUUGGCAAUAGUAAAGUUAAACGUCCUGCAGUGGAUGGCAUAUUUUCUAUUGCUAUACAAGAAAGUAACUGUGGAGAGUUGGUCACACUAGACAAAGACUCAGUUGUUAAGAAACAAACUUUUGCUGCACUAAAGAGUUUUCGUUUUAUUGGGACUGUCCUUCUUUUCUUUACCAUAUUCUGGCUGCCAGAUUUUAUUAAAAUUUUGGCUUCAUUUAAUUGCGCGAAUGCGUUGCCAUUGUGGGUUUCAAAUAUAUUUGACUACGCCACAUACCUUAGCUGUACAGUUAACCCUAUGAUCUACUGCUUUAAUAAAUCAAUCAAACUUGCUGUCAAGAAUUUGAUCUGCACCACUCAUUUCAAACGAAGGUAA